CUGAGCACAGAUCCUUAAAAAAAAUAACAGUUAAAACAAAAAUUCCAUAAAAUUUUUUUCAAUUAUUUCAAAUUCUCGUGCAGUGUAAAUUAAAUCGUGUAUAAUUGUGUUUUUUCUUGUUCUCGUACUGUUAUUGAAAAAUAAGUAAAUAUGCCUGCUUAUCGUGAACUCCGUCUGUUGAGAUCUGCACGUCGCGUGCUCAGCUACGAGCACCGUCUACGUGCUGUCCGCGCCUACUCCUCAAAGUGCGACAAGCCGAAAGGCGUGGUCGUUGGUGUCUACCAGAAGGAUGGCGACAAACCGCUGAAGUCUUCGGAGAAUGGUGUCUUGCUGGACGAUGCUGUCGGUGGCAAGAUUAUGAGCCUGAUCCGGGAGCGCGGCAUGGACGGACGUCCCGGCAGGGGCCUGCUUUUCAAUGGCUUGGACGGAGAGUUCCAAACGGUUGCCGUCGUAGGCAUGGGUCCCGCUGGUGCUGGCUAUAACGAGGCAGAGGAACUGGACGAGGGUAUGGAAAAUACUCGCAUUGCGGCCGGAACUGGAGCGCGUGCCCUGCAACUACAUCGCAUGACCGAGGUGCACGUCGACGGCAUGGACUUCCCCGAACAAGCUGCCGAGGGUGCUGCGCUCGCCGUAUGGCGCUACAAUGCCAACAAGCGCAAGAAGAACCGUCUGCCCACACCCAAACUGCACAUGUAUGGCAAGGGCGAUCAUGACGCUUGGGUCCGUGGUCUGUUCAAGGCCGAAUCCCAGAAUCUGGCGCGUCGUCUUUCCGAUACACCGGCUAAUCAGAUGACCCCUUCCAUUUUCGCGCAAGCAACUGUCGAUGCACUGUGCCCCUGCGGCGUCUCUGUGGAAGUGCGAUCGAUGGACUGGAUAGAGGACAUGAGCCUGAACUCCUUCCUAAUGAUUGCCAAGGGCUCCUGCGAGCCACCUCUCCUACUCGAGUGCACCUACUGCGGCACAUCGCCCGAAGACAAGGCCGUGCUGAUGUUGGGCCAGGGUCUGACCUUCCACAGUGGCGGCCUCUGCCUUAAGAGGAAAGACGGCAUGGACCAAUACCGCGGAUCCAUGGCUGGAGCUGCCGUCUGCGUGGGCGUUCUCCGCGCCGCCGCCGCCCUUUCGCUGCCCAUGAACAUCUCGGCGGUGAUGCCCCUGUGCGAACACAUGCCAUCCGGCAUGGCAGUUAAAUGCGGCGAUGUGGUGACUCUGCUGAACGGCGUCACACUUGGCAUUAAAAAUGUGGACAAGGCGCCGGUGGUUAUGCUGGCAGAUCCUUUGCUGUACGCGCAAGCAAACUUCAAGCCCAAGAUGAUUGUCAGCAUUGGCACAAUCGGCCAGGGUGUCAACCAGGGACUCGGAGGCAGUGCUACCGGUCUCUGGAGUAACUCUAGCUAUGUGGCCAAGGAAUUCCGCAAGGCGGGCAGCAUCACCGGAGAUCGAAUCUGGCGCAUGCCACUCUUCCGCUACUUCAGACAGAUAGUCACCAAGAACUCUACCUAUGACAUGAGCAACUCUGGACGCGGACCAGCCUCCUCCAGUCUGGCAGCUGCCGUUCUGCACACACUGGUGCCCUGCCUCGACUGGGCUCAUCUUGACAUCCGCGGCACUGGCAUGUUGACCUCUGUCAACACCCUGCCCUAUUUACUCAAGAACAGUAUGACUGGUCGUCCAACACGCACAGUCAUCCAGUUCAUGUACCAAUUAGCCUGCUCGCAAAAUUAGGCACAGAAUGGCCGAUUUUUUUUUUGGUUAAAAAGUAAUAUUUUCGAAAUGUAUGUUUGGAACAAGUGUAUUAAAUGGAUUACUUUGCGCGAGUGAAGUAUGCGACACAGUUAACGACACAA